AUGUUCCGCAGAAGCCUCACGAGCCUGCGUGCAAACCUGCCCAACAUGAAGCUUGACGAUGCCGUUGCUCAAGCCAUUGGCAUAGACUCGUCUAUUGCCAGCGUGUCGUCUGCCGGCGGCGGAGGCAUGUCGUCAGCCUCAACGUCCAAGAUCACGGCGAAGAUGCCCGGCGGCGGCGAGAAGCAAUUCUUCAUGAAGACGGGCAAGGGCAAAGAUGCGUCCGUCAUGUUCGAAGGCGAGCACGCCUCCCUCAAAGCCCUGCACAGCGCGGUGCCAACACUCUGCCCGCAAUCCUUCGCCCACGGCACCUUCACCUCCUCGCCUUCGACCCACUUCCUAGUGACUGACUACCUGCACUUGACAUCACGACUCUCGCGGGGCGCGUCUGGCACUGCGCCCUCCCUUGCCGCCAAGCUGGCCAAGUUGCACACCACGCCCGCGCCCACACCAGCGGGCUACUCGCAGCCGCAGUUCGGCUUCCCGGUGACGACGUGCUGCGGCGACACGCCGCAGGAGAACGACUUCAAGUCGAGCUGGGCGGACUUCUACGCGGAGCACCGGCUGCGUUUCAUUCUGCGGCAGUCGGAGCGCAGCAACGGCGGCGACAAGGAGCUGCGCACGCUCGUCACGCGCACUGCCGACGAGGUCGUGCCGCGCCUGAUUGGCGACGCGCACCUCAACGGCGGCAAGGGCGUCACGCCCGUCGUCGUGCACGGCGACCUGUGGAGCGGCAACGCGUCGCGCGGCAGCAUCGGCAGCCUCGACGCCGAGCCCGAGGACGUCGUUUACGACCCCAGCGCUUGCUACGCCCACAGCGAGUUCGAGCUCGGCAUCAUGAAAAUGUUCGGCGGCUUCGGCGGCAGCUUCAUGAAGGAGUACCACGAGAUUUGCCCCAAGACGGAGCCGGUGCAGGAGUAUGAGGACAGGGUGGCGCUGUAUGAGCUGUAUCACCAUCUGAACCACCAUGCGCUCUUCGGUGGUGGAUAUCGGUCUGGUGCGGUGAGCAUUAUGGAGCAGCUGCUGAGGAAGUAUGGUACAAAAUAG